UCUCUUUCCCUCCUAUGGGCAUCAUUCGGCGCCGGAAUCCCCAAAAUGCCCCUGGACCCGGACCCCUCGCCGCCGACGCCGCAGCGGGACUGGUUCUUCCCGCCGGCGCCGCCCUUCCUCCCCUCCUCCUCCUCCAGGACCCUCGCUGCCAGGGCCCCCUUCCCCUCCACCUCCCGUUCCUACAAGCCCUACUCGCUCGCCGACCGCCGCCCGCCGCCGCCGCCGACCCCUCGCUCCCGCUCCCGCUCCCCCCACCCCUCGCCGGAGCAGCAGCAGAAUCCGCCGUUCGCGCCGCGCCGGAGAGACCCUCGCUACGCGGGCGUCCGCCGCGGCGAUGCACGGCCCGCGCCCGCCUCCUCGGUGCCCGCGCCUGCGGCCGCCCCGCUGGUGCCCGAGAGGAAGUCGUCGCCGGCGGCGGCCACGCUCCGGUGGUCCGGGGUGGUGUCCGCGGCGGCCAUCGUGCUGUGCUUCGCUUCCCUUCUCCGCAGGAACUUCUCCUUGCAUGACCAGGUCCACCAUUUGCGGGGACAGCUUUCUGCGGCCACUUCGAAGCUGCAGUCAUGUAUUAUCGUCGUGGACUCCUCAUUGGAUAUGAGCGGCAAAUUUUCGUACGAGGACGAUGGCGAUUCUGUUCCGAGCAGAAGUCUAAAGAAUUUCUCCCUGCUGCUCUCACUUUCUGCACUGUAUGCGCCGAUAGUUGUUCUCAAGUACAUUGACCUUUUGUCCAAGCUAAGGAGAUCACAAAACUCUGAAGAAGUUCCCAUCAACAAGCGGCUGGCUUACCGAGUUGAUAUAUUUCUGUCGCUUCAUCCGUAUGCUAAACCCUUGGUUCUUCUUGUCGCUACUUUGCUACUUAUUGGCCUUGGUGGACUGGCUCUAUAUGGUGUUACUGAUGAUAGCUUAUCAGAUUGCCUCUGGUUAUCAUGGACGUUUGUCGCUGACUCGGGCAACCAUGCAAACGCGGCCGGCUUUGGACCCAAAUUGGUUUCAGUUUCAAUAAGUAUUGGUGGGAUGCUGGUUUUUGCUAUGAUGCUUGGUCUUGUGACCGAUUCAAUCUCAGAGAAGUUUGAUUCGUUGAGGAAAGGAAGGAGUGAGGUCAUAGAGCAAAGCCACACCCUGGUCCUUGGGUGGAGUGACAAGUUGGGAUCUCUACUGAACCAGAUUUCUAUUGCUAACGAAAGUCUGGGUGGAGGGACCAUCGUAGUGAUGGCCGAGAAAGACAAAGAGGAAAUGGAAGCAGAUAUUGCUAAAAUGGAAUUUGACUUGAAAGGAACAGCUGUAAUAUGUAGAAGUGGAAGCCCACUGAUUCUGGCUGACUUGAAAAAGGUCUCAGUUUCUAAGGCACGUGCAAUCGUGGUUUUAGCUGAAGAAGGAAAUGCUGACCAGAGUGAUGCCCGAGCACUGCGAAUAGUCUUGAGUUUAACUGGAGUUAAGGAAGGACUAAGAGGUCACAUUGUCGUCGAACUUAGUGAUCUUGACAAUGAAGUACUAGUCAAACUUGUUGGUGGAGACCUUGUGGAAACUGUUGUUGCACAUGAUGUGAUAGGGCGGUUGAUGAUACAAUGCGCGCGUCAGCCAGGCCUUGCUCAGAUAUGGGAAGAUAUCCUCGGCUUUGAGAAUUGUGAGUUCUACAUUAAGAGAUGGCCUCAGUUGGUCGGAAUGCAAUUUGAAGAUGUGCUGAUUAGCUUUCCUGAUGCUGUUCCAUGCGGAAUAAAGAUGGCAUCUUAUGGAGGCAAGAUUAUUUUAAAUCCUGAUGAUUGCUAUGUCUUGCAAGAGGGUGAUGAGGUCAUAGUGAUUGCUGAAGACGAUGAUACUUAUGCCCCAGCACCGUUACCCAAGGUUAAAGAAGCUGUUUUCAUAGACAUUGUUCGCCAUGAAAGAAAUCCUCAGAAGAUUCUUCUUUGUGGAAUGCGACGGGAUAUAGAUGAUAUGAUUGUGGUACUGGAUGCUUUUCUAGCUCCAGGGUCAGAGUUGUGGAUGUUCAAUGAUGUCCCUGAGAUGGACAGAGAAAGAAAGUUAAUUGAUGGAGGUCUGGACUUCACUCGUCUAGAAAAUAUUACAUUGGUUCAUCGUGAAGGAAAUGCUGUUAUUCGCCGUCACUUGGAGAGCCUCCCUUUAGAAUCGUUUGAUUCUAUCUUGAUUUUGGCAGACGAAUCUGUGGAAGAUUCAGCAAUCCAAGCUGAUUCGAGAUCCCUUGCAACACUACUGCUGAUCAGAGAUAUUCAGGCAAAAAGGCUUCCAUACAGGGAAGCGAUGGUUUCAGAUGUUUUCCGAGGAAGUUUCUCAGAAGGUUCUUGGAUGGGGGAGAUGCAACAAGCAUCUGAUAAAUCUGUCAUAAUCAGUGAGAUAUUGGAUCCUAGGACUAAAAAUUUAUUAUCCAUGUCGAAAAUUAGUGACUAUGUUCUUUCAAAUGAACUUGUGAGCAUGGCAUUAGCAAUGGUAGCAGAAGAUCGGCAAAUAAAUUAUGUGUUGGAGGAGCUCUUCGCUGAGCAGGGGAACGAAAUGCAAAUACGACAAUCCGAUCUGUACCUUCGAGAAGACGAGGAGCUAAAUUUCUUUGAGGUCAUGCUACGAGCCAGGCAGAGGAAAGAGGUUGUCAUCGGGUACCGCCUCGAGGAUGCUGAGCGUGCGAUAAUCAAUCCACCGGACAAAGUUUCAAGGCGAAGGUGGUCACCCAAGGAUGUUUUUGUUGCUAUAGCCGAGAAGGAAUGAGUUAGAUCAGAUCACGGAUCACGAGAAAACUAGUACCUCACUGAGAACUAUAACGCGAACCUAACAGCAAGAGCGGAUGACAGUCACAUGGUGCACCGCUACAUCCGAGCGCGCCUGGGAGGGAGCAAAAGCAUGAAGCACAUAUUGGGAUCAGUCUGGGGUCUAGACACACCAAGCAAUCUCUUUGCAUAGAUCCAUUUUAUUGUACAUCCUGUUAGAAGAACAUCAGGGGACACACUGAUGCAUAUCAAAUCCACAGUCCAAGUUCAAAGGCUACACAGGAAAAAAUUAUCCUGUAAAGUUGUCCCUCUCAUUUUUGUUUUUAUAAAAAAAAUCUCCUGUGAAGUCCAGAGUAGAGCAGUUGAAAUAUUUUUUUUUUUUUGCAAAGAGAGCAGUUGCAAUACCAAGUGUACAUUUUAUACAAGAUGAGCUGAGUAACAAAAGACCUUUUGUGAAUGAUGGAUAAGACCUUAUUGGCAUAUAUGUUUUUGAUAAA